GGUCAGAGACUGCAGGCAUAUUACUGGAGAUGGUCAGAGACUGCAGACAUAUUACUGGAGAUGGUCAGAGACUGCAGACAUACUACAGGAGAGGGUCAGAGACUGCAAACAUACUACAGGAGAUGGUCAGAGACUGCAGACAUUCUACAGAAGGGGGUCAGAGACUGCAGACAUACUACAGAAGGGGGUCAGAGACUGCAGACAUACUACAAGAGAGGGUCAGAGACUGCAGACAUUCUAUAAGAGAGGGUCAGAGACUGCAGGCAUAGCACAGGAGAUGGUCAGAGACUGCAGACAUAUUACAGGAGAGGGUCAGAGACUGUAGACAUAUUACAGGAGAUGGUCAGAGACUG